AUGUCGCUUGUCCAGCGCUGGAAGAUCUUCUGCGCGCACUUGGAGUCUUGGACUGUGCGAGAUCCCGACACCUUGAGUCAAGCUUGCUGGUAGUCUGGCCGCGAGACACCCGUGACUGACUCUGCCGUACUACUAUCACCGGCUUUUCUGACAUAUACUCACCAGUUUCUCCGUUCCGGAUCCCUGCAGCCAUAUAUAUCACCACUCGUUCACCACCCUAUCCGCCCUCGAACAAUAAGGAAUUCGCCUUCCUUUCAGGCCCUGAAUUUCACUGCUGCAGCAGGGUUUACCGGCAUCUCUCCUCGCUCUUGAUCCUGUCUUUGAAAUCGCGGCACAUACACACCCUGAGUAUGGUGUUAAGAUGACUGAAGGCAAUACCAACGGUGGGCGCGGCAGAAUGGCAGAAUCUAUUGAGCCAAUUGCGAACAACGCUUCACCAACGCAGACACCCCCAAGCGGCUUUGACAAAGCUGGAUCGCGGAACCUGCCUCGCACCUCAUCUAUCGAUUCCGCCAUCUCAUCCAUCUCGUCUGCGUCCCAUUCCCAGAAGGCUUCGUUUGACUCAAAUACUCUCACUUCGGCCGAUAUUAAUAAUAUAAUCACAGCAGCUGGCUCUGCUGAAGCAGUCAUCCUGCAUCUCAUCAAGGAUAGGCACCAUGUAGUCGCACGCAACGAGCAACUAUGGAGACUUCUUGAAAAGCAAAGAGCACUCGUUCUUGGCCUGAAUAAGGAUCUUGAGCGCGCGGUCAAAGAUAAGGAGAAAUAUCGGAAAAAGUUAAAGGAACUACAGGCCCAAAUACCGUCGCUAUCGAUCACAGAUCAGCAAAGCACUACCGGGCCUUUCUCUAUCAAAGACAACUUUUCCGGUGCUCAGACGUCGAAUCCAUCGGCCUUUGGAAAUAACAGUCGUCAACAUAAUCAAGGAACUCCAGUUUUAACACAUAUUGAUGCUCAGAUAUCUUCUGUAUCGCAAGAUUUAGAGAAGGAAUCGACACCAUCUCCUUUGCCUAGCCUCCACUCACAGGAUAUUCGGGCCCAGGCGAAUACUUCUAAUGAACCGCGUGCUGAACAUAUGAGGAAUACCGGAAAAGUUAAUAUAGACGCUGGACCUAUUGUGGAAUUGCCAAAACUUCCUCCACCAAAUCGGAAACCUCCACCAGCUCCCCUAAAUCUCAAUCAAAUCCAUCGCCGAAGUUCACCUGUGGACCCUACCACCUACCCCGAUUCCGGUUCCGAAUAUGAUGAUAGUGAUCGUGGGCGGAGGAGGACUAGAGAAGAAGAUGACGAAGAACGCGAAGCCGCAGUCGUCCGUGAACAGGAAGCUCGCAGCAUGUCUAAAAAGAAAGCUAGACCCGAGGUAGCUGUUGUUGAGCCUAACCACACCUCAUUUCCAUCGGCACCGAAAGGCGUCCCUUCUAGUCCGAGGAAAGUGGUUACAUCGUCUCCUCAUAAGGGCAAUGGGCAAUUCGCGGCAACUGAUUCUCUGGCAGCCAUUAUCAACUCUAAUCUUUCAGAUCGGGUAUCGUUGGAUGAACGAGUAGGUAUGACUUCUUCGAUUCCAGGUCUCCCUGUGAGUCCUAGGCCGGGGGAUCGUCCUUUAGGAUCUCCUCUCCCCAGAAUGCCCAGAGAAGGGUCUGGAGUGAUUGUCUCGCCGCCCGUGUCUCCGAGAUCUACCGUACCCGGCCUUCCCCAAUCGCCGCGGGCGACGAAGUCUCCAGCUAUUCCUGUGCAACAAAAGCUCACUCAAUUGCCUUCUAUCGAUGCGUCGGUUAAAAUCAACAGCCCAGGUGCUAAUUAUAGCUACGAUCGAAGCAUAUAUCAAGGAUUGGUUUCCGACGAUUACCCCGGACUGCUACUUCCGCCGAACGCAUUGCCAUCUAUUGAAAUCAAAGUAGCGUCGUCUAGACUUCGACCGUCUAGAACCAGUUAUGUUGGAGGAAGGCCAAAUGACGAGGAACAGGUCUUUAUUCUAAGUAUCUUUUCGCGUUUUAGCAGGUCUGAAUUGUGGCGAGUGGAAAAGGCCAUCUUAGCUUUACCUCAACUCGACCAACAAAUUCGACAUGGAUGCGACUUCAAAGGAAAAUUACCGGAUCGAUCCAUAUUCAGUGGACACUCUCCAGCCAAGGUGGAUGCAAGAAGAGAUGCUCUAAAUUCAUAUUUUGAAACCCUUCUAGACACACCCAUGGCAGAGCCAGUCGCGUUGGUAAUAUGCCGAUUUUUAAGCUCAGAUGCAAUUGAGCCACGUGAUGAUGAAACAAAUCUACUCACAGCCAAUGGGAAAUCUACACCAGAACUUGUACGCGGCCCGGAUGGAAAGUCGAGGAAGGAGGGAUAUCUUACCAAAAGAGGCAAAAACUUUGGUGGUUGGAAGUCCAGAUACUUUGUCCUGCAUGGGCCAGAGCUGAAAUACUUUGAAUCGCCUGGUGGCGCGCAUCUGGGCACGAUCAAACUCCUCAACGCUCAAAUCGGAAAACAGUCGCAGGGCAACCAAAACCAGUCUCCUUCACGCAAUGAAGACGAUAACGACAAUCAAUAUCGACAUGCUUUCCUCAUUUUAGAACCGAAGAAGAAGGACUCCUCUGCUCUUGUUCGCCAUGUACUGUGUGCCGAAAGCGACGAGGAAAGAGAUAUUUGGGUGGAUGCACUUCUUCAGUAUGUGGAGAGCGCUUCAUCGGACGAUGAAAAGUUUAUCAGUGCAUCUGCAAAGCCACACAGCGCUACGAAGCCCCCAGCGGUAUCUAAUCCUAAAUCACGGCUCUUCAACAAUAACAACGGAAAAGGUAGCAAAGGCUCUAACAGCCCAGACACGGAAAUUCCUCCAGAUACUGUUCAAGGGUUUAGUUUCGAUAAUGCCGUGGCUGCCGAGCCCCCCGUCUUUGGCACCACAUAUGAGAAAGAAGGAUCUAGGGCAUCUCCAGCAUUGGGUGAUAGCGCAAAUUCUGACUCAAUGCACGCUGGCAUCCAAAGUUCCAAAGUAAUUUCCGGGCCAACGAAUGGUGCCAUUAUCCAGGAUGUAGGUGCGUGGGGUAACAAACCAGCAACCUCAACCAAAGAGAAGAAACGAAGUAUUUGGGGCUUCCGAGCUCGUUCAUCAUCGGACCUGGCAGUACAGCAGGCUGAAAACAACAGCAAUGGAGCAUCUACAGAAAGAAAAGAGUUCGUACGUCCAGUUUUCGGUAUGCCUUUAGCAGAGGCAAUGCAAUUCUGCGGGCCAAGGAAUGUAGAAGAUGCUGAGCUUCCGGCUGUGGUUUACCGCUGUAUUGAAUACCUGCAGGCUAAGGGAGCCGCAUCUGAAGAAGGUAUAUUCAGGUUGAGUGGCUCAAAUGUCGUUGUCAAAGCCCUCAAAGAGCGCUUCAAUACUGAAGGAGACGUCGACUUCCUAGCAGAUGACACCUAUUACGAUGUGCAUGCGGUCGCGUCUCUUUUCAAGCAGUAUCUAAGAGAACUGCCCACUACUGUCCUGACUUUAGAGCUUCAGUAUGAGUUCAGACGUGUUCCAGAACUUGAAGAAAAGGAGCAUAAAAUUGCUGCUCUCAAUGUCCUAGUGCACAUGCUUCCACGACCAAAUCUCGUACUCCUUAGUGCCUUGUCCCAAUUUCUUAUCCAGAUCGUUGAGAACUCUGAUGUCAACAAAAUGACAUUACGAAAUGUCGGCAUAGUUUUCGCUCCGACUUUGAAUAUGCCAGCCCCCGUCUUUUCACUGUUUCUAACGGAAUACGAUAGUAUAUUUGGAGAAUUAUCAGAGCCUAUAAAAACAUCAGGACUAGAAGUAAAGGCACCGGCACUCGAAGAUGUUCGUUCUCCUCGUCACCAAGUUUUCCCAGGAACAGGAAUCUCAACGCCUUCUUACGGUCAAACUUCGUUUUUCGUGUCUGAUGACGUUGAUACCCAAUCCUCUCAGGAUUUUAUAAAGUCGAAGUACGAUACUGGAUUUGUUCCGAUGGUACAAACGUACGACAAGCCUCGGCCAGUCCCGGAUCCCCGCCCUCGCCAGCAAGAUAAUUUACAUCACAUGACUCGUAUGUUGGAUCCUAAUGAAACCUCGAGAUCUGCCAAAGCUCAGCGGAGAGAGAGCUCCAUGUUGUUUAUGGACUUGGGUCAACGAAAAAGCUCUCUGCCAUAUAUGGGGGAUGACCAGUCAUCCUCCACUUAUCGUUCUAGCUUUGAAUGAUUUUAUCACAAGUCGUGUUCCCAUAAACAUCGGGAUUUGCACAUUGAAAUUAUGUCAAUUCCCAUCUUUGAAAUUUGUAAGCCCUAGGGGCUUACGGAAAAGUAUCAUGAUUCAGCGACUUCCACAUAUUUGCGGGUCGUCAAUAAUGGUGAUGAGUCACUCGAUUGAAUGUGACAAGGUAUGAGAAGCAUGAUUGAUAUUUUUGUAUAUACCGUGUGACAGGUUAUUGAACAGACUGCGGUUUCCAGCGAGCAAGGUUCUUUGGAAUGUUUUGGUUAGAUAUCCUAUUUAUUAUACCCUUGUUCAGUUCCCAGUAUGAGUGAAUCCGUGAUUCUUCUCUUAUGGUGGUUGUACCUCAUCAACAUAAGUUCGUUCAUAAUAUAUUCUAAUCUAUCUAUAACCAUCAUGUUUGCAUUUGAUUACCUCCUAAUCGUACAUAAUGCUACGUUCAUUAACGGA